AAAUAAGGGGGGUGGGGGGAGAAAAGCCCACUCCCCUUCCUCUCUACCGCCUCCCCCCUACCUCAAACAGGCAGGCGCCUCCAAUUCACACAAACCCUUUCCCCUUAACGACGCGCUCCUCCAAGCCGGGAAGGGGGAGUAAAGACCCCAGCACCAUCACCACCACCAGCCCCAGCACCGGCGCACAGUCGCCCCCGCUUCCCUCAUUCCCAACCUCCAAGCUCGGCCGCGGACGUCUUCCCAGGCCACCCCAGCCUCGGCUGCCCGGGCCACUGGCCCGGGGAAGACGGGUUUGCAAAGAGGACGCCCCCCGCCUGCCCGCCUCCCUCCCUGUGUCUCUCUCCUUUCCUCCUCCCUCCUCCUCUGUCUCUCCCUCCCUUCUUUCCUCCUCCUUCUCCUCCCCUCCGUCCCUCCUCCUCUCUCUCUGUCUCUCUCCUUCCCUUCUUCCCUCCGUCCCUCCCUCCCUCCCUCCCCUCCCCAAGACAUCCCCUCGCGACCGGGCGGCUGCCACCUUUCCCCAGCCCGAGCUGCAGAUGUGGCGGAGCGGCGGGGAGCCGGGCGGCCGUGCCAGGGGAGCCAGCAGCGCCUUCUGAGCCCCGCGGCCGCCUUGCCCCCCGAUCCGCCAUCCUCUCCCCCCUCCCCCUUCCCCAGUUCUCCUCCCCGACCGCAGGAGCCCGCAGCCCAGAGAGAGAGGACCCAAACCCGGCUCGCCGCCGCCGCCCGGGGUCCCUCCAGCUAGAGGUUCCUGCCCAUCCCCACCUUCCCAUACCUCCUGCCAGGGAGCCUUUCUGCUGCAGCCACACCGGCCCCUGGUUGGCACCAUGCACUCUUUGGACGAGCCGCUGGACCUGAAGCUGAGCAUCACCAAGCUUCGAGCAGCGCGAGAGAAGCAGGAGUGGGCUUUGGCAGGUGUCCGACACCGGACCCUGCACCGGGAGCUAGGCUUGGUAGAUGAUGGCCCCGCCCCUGCGUCCCCUGGAUCCCCUCCUUCAGUCUUGGGCCACCCUGAUUUCCUCCCCUCCCACUCAGGAAUCUUGCUGAACCCCAAGUUCCCUGAAAAGGGGGACAGCCGCUUCUCAGCAGCACCUCUAGUGGAUCUAAGCCUGUCGCCCCCAUCAGGACUGGAUUCUCCCAGUGGCAGCACCUCCCUGUCUCCUGAGCGCCAGGGUAAUGGGGACCUACCACCAACUCCUGCUGCCCAUGACUUACAGUCUCUUCGGUACAUUGAUGGAGUCCCCAGUUCCUUCCAGUUCUUCUUGCCUCUGAGCUCAGGGGGUGCAUUGCAUCUACCCUCCUCUUCCUUCCUUACCCCACCCAAGGAGAAGUGCCUCUCUCCAGAUGUGCCCCUGCAAAAGCAACUUGUCUGUCGCUGGGCCAAGUGUAACCAGCUCUUUGACCUCCUGCAAGACCUGGUGGACCACGUCAAUGAUUUCCACGUCAAACCCGAGAAGGAGGCUGGCUACUGCUGCCACUGGGAGGGCUGUGCCCGCCAUGGCCGGGGUUUCAAUGCUAGGUACAAGAUGCUGAUCCACAUCCGCACUCACACUAAUGAGAAGCCGCAUCGAUGUCCCACAUGUAACAAGAGCUUUUCUCGCCUAGAGAACCUUAAGAUUCACAACCGAUCACACACAGGGGAGAAGCCGUAUAUCUGCCCUUAUGAGGGCUGCAACAAGCGUUACUCCAAUUCAAGUGACCGCUUCAAGCACACGCGCACCCACUACGUGGACAAGCCGUACUACUGCAAGAUGCCUGGCUGCCACAAACGCUACACAGACCCCAGCUCCCUGCGCAAACACAUUAAGGCUCAUGGCCACUUUGUCUCCCACGAGCAGCAAGAGCUGCUCAAGCUCCGACCCCCUCCGAAGCCACAGCUGCCCACCCCAGACAGCCCCUAUGUCAGUGGGGCGCAGAUCAUCAUCCCCAACCCUGCUGCACUCUUUGGGGGCCCAAGCCUACCCGCUCUGCCUGCCUCCUUGCCCCUGCCCUUGGCGCCCGCCCCCCUCGAUCUCAGCACCCUGGCCUGUGGUGGGGGCAGUGGUGUAGGGCCUGGUCUUCCAGGCCCUGUACUUCCCCUCAACUUGGCUAAGAACCCACUGCUGCCCUCGCCCUUUGGGGCUAGUGGGUUGAGCCUGCCUGUGGUCUCUCUCCUUGCAGGCUCUGCAGGGGGCAAGGCUGAAGGUGAAAAGGGGAGAGGGGUGGUAGGUGCCAAGGCUCUGGGCACCGAAGGCCGAAAGAUACCUGGGGAGAGGACUGAGGGUGGUCGUGCUCGGUCUGGUCCAGAUGGACUUUCCCUGUUGCCAGGCACUGUGCUGGACCUAUCUACAGGCGUGAACUCAGCAGCUAGUCCGGAGGCACUACCUCCUGGCUGGGUGGUCAUCCCACCAGGCUCUGUGCUACUCAAGCCAGCUGUGGUGAACUGAUGUCCUGAGGCCAGCCAUGGCCAGGGAGAGGGAAAAGGACUGGACAGAGACUCCUCCCCUCAUCCAGUCACGACGAACGGAAAUUCUUCUGAGAAACAGCAAUAACAUCCUGCCUCGGGGCUUGGCCAUCCUCUGGUCUAGUCCCAGUGAGGUGGGGAGGAGGUAGGCCUUGGCCUGGGGCUGGCUUCGUGUUUGUGUGUAGAGAUAAAACCCAUGUGGCCAGAAAACAGGUCACUCUAGGGUCUCCUCACCUCCACGGCCUCUGGAAUGACGGCAUGGAAAGAGAAAGGUAAAUCCCAUCAGAUAAAAAACCGAAUUUUUGGCCCCUAGAGUGAGCGCCUUGGAUCCUAUUGACCUGUCUCCCAAUUCAGCUCCUCUACCUUCAGCAAAGGGUCUGGUCCUGCCUCUCUUUAGGGAGGGAACACCAACGUCCAGUCCCUUUCUCCAUGCUGCACCAAAUCGACUCUACUCUCCCUCCUCAAGAUUCCCUUUUGGAAUGCUGCUCCAGUUUGGCUCUUGGCAUUCAGGUCUUCCCUCCCAUGUUUAUCUGGUGCCAACUGACCACUAUCACAAGGCUCCACCAUCACUUUCUCCUUCCAGCCAGAUAUGUUGCCUUCAUAUCCUGAAUGUGAGGGAAUGGGGUCAUAGGAAAGUAGCCCACUCUGAGCAGUGGCUGCCAUGAACUACAUGGUGCCCCCCACACCUAUCCUUCCCUUCUUCAGAGCUGGCCCCAGCCCAGCUUUGGGAAACUCUACAGACCCCUCUCCUUCUGACUGACUUUUCAGAGGGAGAGCAAGACAGACGAAGACCUUGGCAGUGCCAUGGAGAGAAUAGGUCCUUUCCCUUGUCUUCCUUCCCCUCCCCACUGAUUGACAAGGUAUCUCCCACCCUAGGGGUAGGGUGGGAGGGCUGCUCCCCCUAGCCCUGCUAACUUUGUGCUAAGGGAGAGGACCAAGGUAGGCCUGUCUCCCUCCUGCCCCUCUCAUAAAGCAGUGCACCCAACUCAAGCAACCAGGGCAGAUCCUUUUAUUCCUGGCUGGACAGAAAACUAUAGACCCAACUCUGGGGUUAAGGGGAGAGGCUUACAGGGCUAGAGCAUUCCCGAGGCAGGUAGAUGGCAAAUGUAGGGAAAGCAGGCCCUGGAAGUUCCUGAAUUUACCUCUUCUGAACCCCUUUUUCUCUUGAGGUUAAAUUAAGAGUUCAACUAUGGUUCCUCAGGGUCACCCCACUGAUGCUCUCACAGAAGACAAGAGAGGAAUAUAGGCAUCUGCUCCAUACUGAGGUGGUUCUCAGAUCAGCCAUGGUGCUCAGUUGCCAAGUUCCUUGCUGUUAGCCUUUCAUGCAGUACCUCUGGGCAGAGAAUAUCAAGGUUAAUGUGCUGCCUUAGAAUUGUAUGGCUUUCCCUUGGGCAUCCAUUUCCUAGGAGAGCCACCACUGAGCCCCUAGGCUUAGUGCGGGGGAUGUCAAGGAGGGGAGAAUUCAGUUCUAAGCUAGUUCAGCCUUUACCAGAGCUAGCAGAGGAUUGCAAAGGCAUUGUCCGAAUACUAGCCAGGAAGUGUGGCUGCAUUCUGACAUUAGAGAAUUAGAACGGAAGAUAGCAGAAAGGCUUUUGGAGCCAGGAACCAGCAAGGAGCUAGGGCAGUAGCUGGUAGGAUGUUCAGCCAGAAGCAGGGUGCGUAUGCGCUACACUGCAGGACCAGAGGGAUAGUGGAGACACCACCUGAAGGGCCCGGGCCUUCAAUCACUGGGCUAUUUCGGUAGAAUGGGGCCAGCUGGCCAGAACAGGUUUCAGUAGGUAACUGGUUGGAGCCACCUGGUUGAAACUUUGAAUUCUGGGGGUUGUGAUCUCGAACCAGCUUGCAUGGAGGGAGGUUAACCACCUGUGAACCUGAGGAAUUUAGUGUAUGAAGAGUUUUGGGCUGUGCCUUAGGAAACCCUCAUCGUAGCCCCACUGUUGCCCCUAAUAGAUCGGCCCAAGCAAUUCCUUCUCUCCUUCUCCCUAGCCUCAUGCUGCUUCAAACCCCUUUGCCUUGUAAAACUUGGGAGAUCUGCAGCCAGAGAAAAAGGGAAAUUGCAUGUAUUGUAAUUUUUUCCCCCACAAAGGCUGGGGAGCCUUGUGGUUGGCUCCCUGGGUGUGCUUCCCUCCUAUUUGUUUGAUGAUGGCUGGAACUGCCUGACCUGCACCAUAAGUACUGUAAGCUCGUCUAGACUCUACAGAGCCAGAGAAGGCCUGGCCUGUACUGCAGGCAUGAGUAAGCUAAAGAAAUCCUUUAGAUGAGGGGGCACCUCAGCAGGAUGGUUGAGGUCCUGGUGAAGGUCCACUCCUAUAGCUACCCUCCCCGCCCCCAGCUAUGAAACAGUAGGAUGGCUCUCCCAAGAGAGCAUAGUAUUGGCUUGCCCCCUCCCCAAGGGGAGCCCAUUACCUCUGGCCUCUCGUGAGGUAGCCUGGUGUCACAGAAAGAGCACCAGACUGGGAGUCAGGAGAUCCGUAUACAAGUCCCUGCUCUGCCACUGACUUACUAUGUUUGGUCACAUAAACUUGCUGUGACUUAAGUCACUUCUUUUGUCUGGGCCUCGGUUUCCUCAUCUAUGAGAUGAGGGGGUUGGACUGAAUGAUUACUCAAGUCCCUUCCAGUUCUGACAUUAUUCUAUUUGCCUCUUCUGGGUGGCUCAGUGCUGCCGCCUCCCCCCGACUGCCCUUCUGUUACAGAGGGGUCACUCUGUCCUGGCCCUCACCUCUGCUGGGCUUCCAGACCCCAGACUGUGAUUAGGUUCCAGCAGCUGGGGUUUGCCACUGAACAGGGGACCCAAGUAUGGAAGGAGGGAGCUGGUCUCCCUCCUGUCCCCCAUCCUUAUUCCCCCCACCUAAGGGCCCCAGGCCUUAAACAACUGACUGGCUCAGUGCUAGGGCCCACAGUUACCCUAGAUUGGGGUAUCUGCCCUUCCUGACUACCAGGAGUGACCAUCCAGGGUUGGGGGUGGUGGUUUAACAUUCAAGCCCAUGGAGAAUAGCAACAUGGCACUCAAAGAGUUAACGUUAGCUCAGCAUGUGAUUCGGUGAUAGACUAGGCUUUGAAGGGCCGGUGUACUUUUUUUUGUUGUCAUUGCUGGUUUGUUGUUGCACAUUCCAAGAUAUCAGUAUUUUAACAGUUUCUAAGUGCCUUUCUAUUGUAGCUUACGUUUUUCCCUUCUCUUGGCUCCAUUGCUGUUAGCAUAGAGUUUAAAAAAAAAGAGAGAUAAGCUAAUGACUAUAACAAUAUAUUCCUCCAUGUGAGAGGAAGUUUAUAAAGAAACAAUAAAAGAGAGUUG